CGGUACUGUACGUAAAGCGUGCCGUCCCACUUCCCUCCGGACUUCAUUGACUACACAUACGGGACAAUGAUGACUCGACUGCCGUGCGCAAGGAAGUUAUGGAUCAUGUCCCCGCCAGGCUUCAUUUUACGAAGAGGCAAAGGGCCGGCCGGGUGAGGGAAUAAAAUCGCAAGCCAUGUUCUCACCUGAGUAGUAUCUGGCUGGAUUGCUAUCCCCAAAGUACGUUUUACUAAUCCACAUAAGGCUUCCUAACUCGCACUUUCUAUUCCACAAUUCUUGUUCGAAAGUUCCCCCACGAAUAUAACCAUGAAUCAACAAGCCCCGAAGCCCUUUCGAGUUGUGGUGGUGGGGGGUGGGAUUGCGGGACUUACCAUGUCUCACUGUCUCCAAAAAGCGGGGAUAGAUCACGUUGUUUUGGAGGCGCACUCUCAGGUUGCAGCCCCUAUUGGGGCAAGCAUUGGAUUCUGGCCACAUGGAAUGAGGGUUCUAGACCAGUUGGGUUGUGGAGAAGAUAUGUUGAGGAGAAGUGAUGCUAUGGUGGAAAGUCAUUGUCGGAUGCCUAACGGGAAAGCUUUGUCGAGUACAACUUUGUGGGAUUAUAUUCAGACGAGGUAUGUAUGAGUUUCCACCUUAGAACAGAGAAAAUAUGCAGAAGGCUGAUCAGCUAUAGACAUGGGUACGAGUUUCGAUCUAUGGAAAGGCGGCUGGCGUUGGAAAUCAUGUAUGAGAACCUACCAGAAAAAUCGAAAGUUCUUACUGGAAAAAAAGUUACCAAUGUUGUUGAGACACAAAACGGUGUUAGAGUGACAUUAGCGGAUGGAAGCUAUGAGGAAGGAGAUAUUGUCGUUGGCUGCGAUGGCGUGCGUAGCAUGGUUCGAGAAAAGAUUUGGCAAAUGGCAGACAGGCUCGCGCCGAAUCUUAUCUCUCAUCGCGAGAAGAACUGUAAGCAGUGGCUACCUCCAAGCAGUCGAAAAACUAUGAAUAGAUUUCUAACUUAUCUGAUAGCGAUGAGAGUAGAGUAUACCUGCAUCAUUGGCGUAUCUACUCCAAUACCAGCUCUCAAUUCAACCUCAGAUAUGCAUGUCACGUACGGGCAAGGCCGCACGUUCCAAAUAGUUACUCAGCCCGACUGCACCUGCUUUCUGAUCUAUCAAAAACUCGAAACACCUCUCACUGGCGCAGCAGCUCUGUCAGGGACUAAAUUUACCCAACAAGACGCAGACAAUGCGGCAGCGAAGCUCUCCAGCUGCGCUCUUACUGAGGACGUCACUUUCGGAGAGCUGUACAAGCAGCGAAUCCGGAGCCAACUGGUCAAUCUCGAAGAAGUGGUUUUCGACCAUUGGCAUUUUGGGAGGAUGGUUAUGCUAGGCGACGCCGCACACAAAGUUACCCCUAACUUUGCCUUUGGUGGGAACACAGCCAUUGAAGGCGCAGCCACGCUAUGUAACCAGCUAGUCAAAUCUCUUGAUGCUUCUGCGAUUCGUCCGCUUAGCCAGUCGAUAAUAUCGGCUGUCUUCCAAGGGUACCAAGAACAACAUAAGAAGCGGGUGAAGAAGAUCUUCACCGCUUCCUAUUACUUUACACGUAUGCAGGCUUGGGAUAAUGUGAUCAUGCGAUUUGUUGCGAAAUGGAUUGCGCCGUGGAUGGGAGAUAAUCUAGUGGCUGACUAUACUGCUACUUUGGUGGUCCCUGGGAGUAAGCUGGACUAUGUUGCGGUUCCAGGACAUGUGAAGGGAACGAGAGCUUUUGACGAUGAAGUAAGCGGCGCAUAGUCUGGCAGUUUUACGUAUUGAAAAUUAUUUCCAGCGUAAUAUCCAUC